UAAUUCCAAAAUAAGAAUAUCGAAACCCGGAAUUUCUUAUUGAAAAACAACCCAAAUUCUCGAUCUAUCAAACCCACAUCUGAAGAAAUUAAAAAACGAGAAAUUUUUACACAAAUAUAUAUAUAUAUAUAUAUAUAAAAUUGUGUGCAUAUUUUUUUUGUUUAUGAUUUAACAUGUAUAGUAAUUUCAAGGAGCAAGCAACUGAGUAUGUGCGGCAGGCAGUGGCGGAGGACAAUGCGGGGAACUAUGCCAAGGCCUUUCCUUUGUAUAUGAACGCUUUGGAGUAUUUUAAGACCCAUUUGAAGUACGAAAAGAACCCAAAAAUCAAGGAGGCGAUCACUCAGAAGUUUACGGAGUACUUGCGCCGGGCGGAGGAGAUCCGGGUCGUGUUGGAUGAAGGUGGCUCAGGGCCGGCGUCUAUUGGGGAUGCGGCUGUGGCUACUCGGCCCAAGACAAAACCCAAGGAUGGGAACGAUGGGGAGGAUGCUGAUAAGGAGAAGUUGAGGUCUGGGUUGAAUUCAGCUAUUAUCAGGGAGAAGCCUAAUGUUAAGUGGAACGAUGUUGCGGGAUUGGAAAGUGCAAAGCAGGCGCUCCAGGAGGCUGUGAUCUUGCCUGUCAAGUUCCCACAGUUUUUCACUGGCAAGAGGCGCCCAUGGAGGGCUUUCCUUUUGUAUGGUCCACCUGGAACAGGGAAGUCAUAUUUAGCUAAGGCUGUUGCUACAGAAGCAGACUCAACCUUUUUCAGUGUUUCUUCAUCAGACUUGGUUUCAAAGUGGAUGGGUGAAAGUGAGAAGCUAGUUUCAAAUCUCUUCCAAAUGGCUCGUGAAAGUUCUCCUUCCAUUAUAUUCAUUGAUGAAAUAGAUUCCCUUUGUGGCCAACGUGGAGAAGGAAAUGAGAGUGAAGCUUCUAGACGAAUCAAAACGGAACUGCUUGUGCAGAUGCAGGGGGUCGGCCACAAUGAUGAUAAAGUUCUUGUACUUGCUGCCACGAACACUCCUUAUGCUCUUGAUCAGGCUAUCAGGCGACGAUUUGAUAAACGCAUUUACAUCCCUCUCCCAGAUCUGAAGGCACGACAACACAUUUUCAAGGUUCAUUUAGGAGAUACCCCUAACAACUUGACUGAAAGAGACUUUGAAGACCUGGCUCGUAAAACUGAAGGAUUCUCUGGUUCAGAUAUUUCUGUUUGUGUAAAGGAUGUUCUAUUUGAGCCUGUACGGAAGACUCAAGAUGCGAUGUUUUUCAUCAAGACUUCCAACGGUUUGUGGAUGCCAUGUGGACCAAAGCAAUCAGGUGCUGUCCAGAUAUCAAUGCAAGAGCUUGCUGAUCAAGGACUUGCUUCUCAGAUCAUUCCACCUCCCAUAUUUAAAAUGGACUUCGAUAAGGUGCUCACAAGACAGAGGCCUACAGUGAGCAAAUCUGACCUCAAUGUUCAUGAGCGAUUCACAAAGGAGUUCGGCGAGGAAGGUUGAGAUAGUCUCGAGGGUUACCAACUGCACAAGUUCUUUUCCAAUGGAGAAAUAGAGUACACCACCUUCCUUAUUUCCUCUAUGAGGGAGAAAGCAUACAGGACCCACUUUCUGUUCGAUGUCUCAUCAGUACUAUGCUGGGAGCAAGGGAUAGAUAAUGCUUGAAGACCCAUCCGUAAAUGCCCACCCACCAGCACUAAUAGCUGAUUACUCACCAAGCGAUUCAUAUCCAUAUUCCGUGUGUUCAUAGUGACACAAAAUCAUAAAGAAGCUAGAAUCAAUGAAAGACUUCGUAGCUCAGUCAGAGGGGAGUGUAUUGUGACUCGUCUCAUUGUAGAUUGACCUGGCUUCUCAUUGGUCUCAUUCUUCAAAUGUCAUAUAAUGGAUCAGGACAUGUGUCACCGCUCUUUUUUUCUCAAUUUCCAUAAAUGGGGAGCUGAAGGGCUUCUUCAAAGGAGGCAAACCCAAGGGCUUAGGCAGGCUGCUGCUUCAAAUUGUCCCCCUGCUUGUUUGUCAUUGAUAUGGUAAAAGGUUAACAUCUCUCCGCCCUUAUUAGUUGUAGCGAAGAUCAGCCAUUGAAAUACAUUUGCCAUGGAGUUGUGGUUAGACACGGGCUUAAAGUAUACUCUUUUUUAACCCUGAUGGGUUUCACAGUAAAGCAUUUGAUAGCCCUUCACAUGUUUUCUAUUUGACUAAGGAGGAGAAGACCAAUAUCUAUCAGAUAGGGGAAUACCCCGGGAACCAAUAAGGCCUCCGGAAUUCAUGGUUCAAAAGAAAGAGCCUUCUUGACGCUUUAAGGACGGCUUUCCUAGGAUCAAGCCUGUUUUGGGCCUGAGUGAAAAUCGGGUGAAUGUUAUUUCUUAACUAUGAAUGUGUCAACUAUUGAGCUUACCAGGCUUCGAGGGGUUGAUUAGAUCAUUCCUCGACUCAACGUAUCGUGACAUAAUAAUUCCAAGUCGUCUCAACACAAGACUGAAGGAAAAAGACAAAUAAUUGAGGUGAAUCUAGCUCUCCCUCUAACCAUCGAUUUGACAAUUGAAGACAGAUGGUAGCAUAGGAGAUAGGGCCUGAUUGGGUACUUUGCAAUCACUGAAAUGCUUUCGCAAGUAUAAGAAAGAAAAUAAAUGAAGGAAGAAGGCAUUAGCAUUAGAAAAACCAUACCCUGCCAGAUCUACUCGUGUGGCUGGCCUAUGACACAUACUUUAGGUAUGAAUGUGUUAAGCAUAAAACUAGCCUUGGUGCCUAUUACUAUGUGUUAUUAGCUACUUGCCUUGAGAAAUUUUUUUUGGAUGCACUCUCGCUUUAAGUUAAGUAGUUGAAGUCAAUUGUAUUCCCCUCGACGUGAGGCCAUCCAAAAGAACGAAGAUGAGCUCACCUAGGUGGAUCCAAAGUCAGUUUCAUUGUUGAAAUAGCAUCUAGUAGCUCGUUGGCUGGAAACAGUGCCCAAUGUUUUCAUUUUUAUCAUCUACUGCUCGAAACCAAUCGAAUUCAGGGUCUGUCUAUCAGAUUAGAACUAGCUGCGACAAUGGGCAUGUGAUCCCCUCUCCGAAUGAGAUGUCUUAUACAGAGCAAGCAACCUCCUUUUGCCCUUUCCUUCAUGGCUUGGCCCUACUCAUUAGGAGGGGGAUCCAAUGAGAGUGCUAUGUCUUACCACUGUUUCUUUCCUCCAUCACGCAUGAAGAUUGUCUUUUUAAGUCUUGCAAAAGAAAGGGCCUGCUGAUGUGAUAUAGCACUUCUUUGAAAACUUUUGAAUGUAGCACUUCUUUUGAAUGCAUUGAUAAAAGUUUUUUUGUGGUUUGAUGAGACAUAAUCGCGUGAUUUUUCUUGAUGGUCAAAUGAUGACUUAUUAUGGUCGAGCAAUAACUUCUUUUUUCUUUUUUUAACUAAGAUUUGUUGUA